AAAAAGCAUUCGCCGGUGUAUCUGACACAUUUUAUGCCGGGGUAGGGCUUUAUUGCAUGUUCUGAAACGUAAUUUGGAGGAUGAUCUUUGGAAAAUAACCAUCAGCUUGUUGAUAAAGUAGCUAACUUUUUAGCCACAUUAGGCUAGUUCCUUAGCCAAGUGCUAGCCUUCGGGGGAACGCCUAGUAUCAUGAGUGUUCAGUAAUUUGUCAGUGAAUUGCAUUAGAUCCGAGCUAAACUUAUAUUCGAGUCUUGUCUUUCAGCGCCAAGGAAAACUUUGUGUUAGUAGGAGUUCAUAAUCCACUUCAUCAUCAAACUUAAAUCCAAUUCGAUAAAUUACGUCGAGGAGCUAACGCCAGCGAGUUAGCCUGUUAGCUCACUGGGUGGUAGCUGAUUCAGUUUUCUCAAUCUUCAUGUAACGUUGUGUUGGUUCUGUUAUUUUUGUUACUUUGCUGAGGGUGAACUUCUUUUUACCAUGAUCAUGCCUAUUUGUAUGCAUGUUUUUAAACACGUAACGUUAAACAUGUUUGAAUCUUGACAUUAAAUCAUUCUUUGCAAACAUUUUUUCAUCGUUUGAAAGACUCCAAAAUAGCCCCUCCAACAUACAGGUGCUCCAGCCCCAGGGGUCGUUGGCAGGAUGCAGACCAUAAAGUGUGUUGUGGUGGGAGACGGGGCUGUAGGUAAAACCUGUCUACUGAUUUCUUACACCACCAAUGCCUUCCCAGAAGAGUACAUUCCUACAGUAUUUGAUAACUAUAGUGCUCAGAUGAGUGUGGAUGGUCGCACUGUCAGCCUUAACCUGUGGGACACGGCCGGCCAAGAGGAGUAUGACCGCCUCCGCACCCUGUCCUAUCCACAGACCAAUGUCUUCAUCAUCUGCUUCUCCAUUGGUAGCCCCUCAUCUCAUGCUAAUGUCAGGCACAAAUGGCACCCAGAGGUGUCCCAUCAUUGCCCUAAUGUGCCUAUUCUUCUGGUGGGCACAAAGAGAGAUUUGAGGGGUGAUUCUGAAACAGUGAAGAAGCUGAAAGAGCAGGGUCUGGCUCCUACUACUCAGCAACAAGGCAAUUCUUUGGCCAAGCAGAUUGGUGCGGUUAAAUAUAUGGAGUGUUCAGCUCUCCUGCAGGAAGGUGUCCGGGAGGUGUUUGCUGAAGCUGUGAGAGCAGUGUUGUAUCCUGUCACGAAAAAGAAUACCAAGAAGUGUGUGCUUUUAUAAUGGACGCCUUCCUGACCUGGACUGUAGAAUCCACAGGAGAUGAGGAUCACUGUGUAAUAAAGGUUGUCAUCACGUACCUGGCCCUGCACAGAGUUUUAACUUCUCUGUCACGCCUCCUUUUUCAUCUCCUGGAGGACUUGACACCAUUUCCAUCAUCGCCAAAGUGACUUUGCCAAAGGUGGGCAAUAGACCUAAUCUCCUAUUUUUCUUGCAUUUUAACUUUGAUAUGUACACUUCUCAGAUUUACAUCUGUUCUAGAUUUGUAGCUUCUCUGCUUUGCCUUAUAAAUGCUGAACAUGGUUGUCUCAAGCCAUAAUUAUAUCUAAACCAACCAAGCAAGCUACCCUGAUUGACUGGAGAGAAGAGAUCUGCCUUAGUUUGGGUGGAGAAAAAAUUACUACCUCAUACUCUUACCUAGGUUGCAUCUCAAGAGAAUUGUCAUGAAUGCCCAUUUAGUUGCCAACAAAGAGCCAAGCAGAAAAUGAACACAUUUUAAUUUCAAGCAGGUUGAGUCCAGACAAGGUGCAAUGAGUUCUGGGCAAAUGUCAUUUUGGCUCAGUUUAUAUCCUCAGAUUAGAGCGUCAGCUCUGAGGCUACAGUGCCCAUUGUGGCAUAAAUGUCUCUCAGUGCCACGCACCAGGGAUCUAGGCCUUAAGAGAUAAGCAGCCCAUUAAAAGCAACCAACCAUGUGCCCUUACAGUAAUCGCAGAGCAAGUGUUAUAAGGUCUCUGCUAAAUUAACCCACACUGCUACGGGUCUCUCAAAGUGAAAGUUGGGCUCAAAGCUUUCCUCUGCCUGCCUCUUACUCUUGAGACUCAAACUGACAGUCUUUUAAAUCAUGUUGAAGAAAUUAUUUGUGGACACAUUUGGGUCAGAGACUGUAUUUCACUUAAUUUACUCUGUAAAUGUUUUCCUUCUAUAAAUGUUUUAACCUAACUGUAUGGUUAAGGCCAAAGUUGAAUAUAUUUUUUGUAAUAGUGUUUAUUUGAUCAGUAAGAUGUCUUUGUUAGUUAACACUUAUAAACCACCACUUUUUAAUGUUCCUUUUUGUAAUGAUUUUAUUGCUUCUUAUGACAGUCAUUAUCGCGUAUACACGAUUGUUAUUAACUGGCUUGCACAAGGCUUAUCGAUAGACGUCAUGUCAUAGAAGAGGAAGCACAUUAUUGUAGCUGCAUUAAUCAAUGAGCAGCAGGUCUUUCCACUAUGAGAGCCUUAAACCUGGUCCAGUGCCUUAUCCAAACCAAAGACCACACCACUGUUUUCUUCUCAAACCCAAAGUGCCACUUGACCUUAAAGCACAUCACAUAAACUAGGGGCUCUUUUUAAAGUAUUUUUUUCUGUCUGUAACAGAUGGAUAGCCUACAUUGUAUCAGCAGUGCUAAACAUGCCUGUUAAGCAGCGACUGGUUAAUUUGUAAAAGAACAACAAUUGCAGUGUGUAAUAAACUGUUUACAUCAUUUAUGUCAAAAUGGUUGAUCAAAGAGUCAUGUAAGAUCUCAGUGUUUUAUGCAUUUUAUAUUUUUAAAAUAACGACUAUGGUUAUUUGCCCUUACUUUAGACAUUAUUUUCUUGCAUAACAGGUAAAUCUAGAUUGUGGCCUGUGAAAAGUCUUGAAUAAUUGAAGAGUAGCACAAAGGUUUAAAACAAUUUGAGCAAUACAGAUGUGAGACAUUAUUUGAAGAUACAUUUGUAGAGGGUCGAAUGUUAAAUGCAAGUGACAAACUGUGGUAAGCUCGUCUGUCCUGUACAGACACCUGUGUCCCUGAGCUGUAUGCUACGUGUGCGUGGUACUACGCUUUUACACUGGGAACUUGAUUUGUAGAAUCUGUAAUUGUUUUAUAUAUAACAAAACAUAUUUGUAUAAAUGAACUAACAGUGAGAUGAUUUUAAAUUAUGCCAAAUAAAAUGGUGGUUCAGACCAACUUUUUCUUCCUGAA